AUUCGUAAAACUCAAAUAACUCACGAAUGUAUUUUCGAAUGAGUUGACUAUUCAAAGUUUUCCCUCCUCGAAAAGCUUCACGACGUUCUUUUUAAGGUUCUUUUGAUAUCAAACAAAGCAAGAGUUUUUUCGUCAGAAGAUGUUGAACAAACGUAUCGUUGUGCUUGGCGCAGGUGUCUCAGGAUUAACCACGGCUAAUUUGCUCUUACAACAAGAAAAAGCGAUUAAAGUUCAUAUAGUUGCAAAGCAUUUUCCAGGAGAUUUAUCUGCCGAAUACACGAGUCCUUGGGCUGGUGCACAUUGGAAGAGCCAUGCUGCGAAAGAUGAAAUCAGAGAGCAAGAAUUUGAUAGAGAAACCUAUAAUUAUUUUUGGAAAAUUGCUAAUACACCAUAUUCUGGAGUCAUGAUUAUUGAUGAGUUUGAAUAUUGGGAAAAACUUCCACAAGAUUUCUCCGAUCCGUGGUUCAAAACAUUAUGUCAUGAGUAUCGACAUUUAAGAAAAGAGGAGCUGCCAGUUGGUGUCGAAUUUGGAAUCACAUACAAAUCAAUUUCUAUUAAUCCAUCAACCUACCUUAACUAUCUUCUCAAUACUUUCACCUCUUGGGGUGGUACCACACAACGUGUCAACUUAUCUCACUUAAAUGAAUGUAUCGAAAGUGAUACCGAUAUUGUGGUCAAUUGUUCGGGCAUUAAUGCCAGAACAUUAGGUGGUGUUGAAGAUUCUGAUGUCUUUCCAGUGAGGGGCCAAACUGUGAUCGCACAAUUACCUCAAUCAUAUAUGAAUUGGGCUUUUUUUAAGCGAGAGGCUAAUGGAGAAAGUACAUAUGCAAUACCACGCGAUAAUGGAGAAAUAACUCUUGGUGGGACUUAUGAAGAAGAUAAUUAUUCGACAGAUGUUGAUUAUGACACUGCUACAGCAAUUAUUCAUCGAUGUCUUGCCACUCGUCCGGAUCUUUUGCCAAAGGAUCAACCUCACCUAAUUAUUAAGAUGCAUGGAGUUGGUCUUCGACCUUAUCGUAAAGGUGGUGUAAGGGUUGAGACCGAAUGGAUGACUUCUGAAAAAUACGGCAAAAAAAUACUUAUUUGUCAUAAUUAUGGUCAUGGAGGGUCUGGAUAUGAAUCAAGUUAUGGUACUGCUCAAAGUGCAUUAAAAAUUAUGAAAGAAAUUCUACAGAGUUAAAUCUAGAUUAUAUACAUAUUAUUGAAUACAUAAUCUUGAUAACUCAUCUGAUAUCAACAACCAAACUUAUUUAACAAUCAAAUAAAAUUUUUUCUAUUGAAAUAUAAGCUUGGAAAUAAAAUUU